GAGUUAAGGCGCAUGCGCAGUUCGAAAAACCAGCCGGUAACCCCGAAAAAGGAGGAGAGCCCGCCUCGCUCGCAGCCCAGUGUCUGUACCCGGCUAAAUCCUGUAACCGAGGAGCGAAUCGGCAUGUGCGGAGGGUGGAACCAAGGCUUGGUCCCAUCGGGAAGGCCCCGACUCCGAACGCUCUCCCUGGGAUUGGCUAGCCUCAGACCCAAUUUGAUUGGGGUUUUCGACCGCUUCUCUGAUUGGUGUGCGCCUGGCGCGAGUUCAGACAAACUAUCCCCGGCUUUGCGGCCAGCUAUACCUUCUAGGGCGCGGUGCCCUCUGAUUGGUGGGCUAACUGCGCGGGCUCAGCCCCCGAGUGCUGGCCGUGCGAAGCCCCAGGCAAGUCACUCCCUGAUUGGCUAGCCCUAGCGCCCUUCCUGUGGACUCGGCUUCAGACUUCAAUUUACAGGAAAUCACCAGGCUCUGUACUCACUACAGUACUAUAUCAAGACAUGGAUUGGGACCAGUUUGACAUGAAUCCCAAAGUGAUAGCUGCUGUUAAGAAAGCUAAUAUAAAAUCAAUAAAAGAGAUUUUGAAUCUUUCUGGAGCAGACUUGCAAAGGCUGACAAAACUGUCCAAUAUGGAUGUACAGUGCUUACUGAAAACAGUCUCUGGUAUGCUGAGGAAAAGCUGUGUGCUUACAGCACUUCAGCUGUACCAAGACAAAGAUCACUGCACAUCCCAACACCAGAAACUAAGCCUGGGUUGCUCACUACUAGAUAGCUUAUUAAGAGGUGGCAUUCCUGUGGUGGGGAUCACAGAACUUGCUGGUGAGAGCUCUGCUGGGAAGACUCAGAUUAGUUUGCAGCUGUGCCUUUCUGUGCAGUAUCCUUAUGAAUAUGGAGGAUUAGAAUCUGGUGCUGUCUACAUUUGCACAGAAGAUGUUUUCCCAAAUAAACGCUUGCAGCAACUGAUUGAACAACAACAUAAAUUUAGGGUAGAUGUUCCACCUGAUAUCAUACAGAAAAUAAAAUUUGGAAACAGUGUUUUCAUUGAGCAUGCCGCAGACCUUUCCAGACAACAAUUGGCCCUCCUAUGUUGGGAAACAACGGACACCUUCUACAACUGCAUUGCUAAAAGGAUUACCUUACUGCUCUCAAGAGGCAUGGUGCGUUUGGUGGUCAUUGAUUCUAUGGCUGCUUUGUUUCGAUGUGAAUUUGGCGCAAAAGAUUCAGUUAUGAAAGCCAGAUAUCUGCAGACAUUCGGAGCAAAACUUCACAGUUUAAGCAGUAGAUUCAGAACUCCAAUACUGUGCAUUAAUCAGGUAACGGAUGCAGUGGAUGAGAGAGAUGUUGCUCAGAGCAAUUUUGGCUUAUUGCAUAAGAACGUUUCUCCAGCACUUGGGCUAACCUGGUCCAACCAACUGUUGAUGAGAUUGAUGGCCAGUCGAAUAACACAAUCAGAACAGUCACCUGGAGGUGCAUUACAGCAUACUGGAAGUGUUUUGAGGACUUUAAGCGUGGUUUUUGCUCCUCAUCUCCCUCAGUCCUUUUGCUGCUAUGCAGUAAAUUUGGAAGGUGUGAAAGGAGUAAAAGUGAAAACUCCACUGUGAAAAUGUUACAUAUCUAUCUACACCAAAGAUAGGUAUAAAAGAUUGUGAAUCAAGAAGCCAUUUGCCUAAUUUUUUUUCAUCUGUAGAAAAAAAUAUGCCUAACAUGUAUAUGGAAAAUGUUGCUUAGACAAUACACUUUUAUAACCAUAUUCUGAGAAAAUACAGAAGCAGUGAUAGAGAAUAGAUUUCUGUACCUACUUUUAGGUUCAGUUAGGUUUGCACCUUGAUGCAUCUAUCUUGGAAAAGAAGGGAUCUUAAUAAAAUAUUACUUGCAUCUUUGGGAUGCAGACAAUAGUAAAUGCUGGCCUGGUUUAAACACUUACUGAAGUAAGCCAACUGUACUUUCAAAUGCUGACUCUAGCAGGGAAAUACCAUGUUUAUAAAAGAAAAGGAGUACUUGUGGCACCUUA